AUGAAGGUGACAGACCAAUCACGUGUCAGAUUUGCGUUUGAAGAAGUGAAGUCAAAGCAAAUGAAGGGUUUUCUUGCCAAUGUAAUGGCACUUGCAUUUAUCUAUAGCCUACAAAAUGUUUGGCCUUUGUCAAUAUUGAAAGUUGAUGAUUUGAAGGCAUCUGAUGGAAUAGUUAAGAAGCUUUCCGUUCCCGAAAACACGAAAAAAUUCGUUUUUGCAGUUCGCGAUCCUAAGUCUCAAUCUGUGAUUUAUAUACUUUGUGCUCAGAAUUUAUCUGAGAGGUCUGCUGUAGAUGUUGACUGCCUUAUCAAAGAGAUUCGACCAGAUGCUGUUGUGGCUCAGGUGGGUCAUUCGGCUUUGGUUGAAAUUCAAUCUGAAGAGAGUGAAUCGGGAAAUAUUGUUGAUGAGCUAGUUCCCACUUCAUCAUUUGGAGUGAUUAAAAGAUGUUUUUUAGAUAAGAUUAAUAAGGAAAAGUAUGAAGACGUGGCUGGAAGCUUGGUUUUGAGAGAAAUAUUUGGAACGGGUUUUCAUGGGCAUAUCUUGGCUGCCAAGAGGGUGGCCGAGGAGGUUGGUUCAUCUUUUUUGGUGCUUGAAACAUCAUCUAUCGAUACAGUUAUUGGGGACAUUCCUUCUAGUGAAGUUGACACUGGGAGUGAAGUUGGCACAGGGAGCAAAUUUCAUGGUUUAUUUAGUAGUUUAGUGCCACAGAAAGUGAAUUUGGUUGCUUUGCAAAGUUCAAGGAGGUUUAGUCUUGACAAUAAUGUUCAGACACAGAUGGUGAAGUUGUUAUCUUCUUACAUGGAUGCAUCAAUGCAUAAGCUGAGUCCUUCAAGUUCUGUUUCAGAGUCAGGAUUAAACGAAAUUCAGCCAGGAAAUAGUUUCCAGGGGGAAGCUGUCGAUUCCCGAAUUAUAUCUGAAGUGUACACCUUCCGAGUUGCUGUUGAGGGACUUAGAAUUGCUCUUAAUAAUGCUGGUCGAUUGCCCAUCAAAGAAUCGGGGAUAUCCAACAAGACUAAGGUUGAGUUCUCAGAGCUUCAUGUUCAGGACAAGUCAUAUGCACUCAUUGCACAGGCCCUUCAAAGCCAGACUAGGAAGUUUAAGACUAUAGUAGCUGUAGUAGAUGCUAGUGGCCUAGCAGGUAUUAGGAAACAUUGGAACACUCCCGUGCCUCCAGAAGUGAAGGAUUUGGUUGGGCAGCUUGUUACUGAUUGUGAAAGUAACCGAGAAGUUCCAAACCAUGCUGAAAGGAGACAGCUACUUUCUAACAAACCUAUGGUGGCAGUUGGAGCCGGGGCAACGGCAGUUUUGGGAGCUUCAUCUCUUUCUAAAGUUGUUCCUGCAUCGACAUUCAUGAAGGUUGUUACAUUUAAAUUGCCUACUUCCCUUAAGCUUCUGCUCACCCAAACCCAAAAGAUAAUGGCAAUAUCUAUGGGCAAGACUCUUGGUCCAGCAAAACUGCUGGCCCCUGGACUGGCCAAUUCUGGAGCCAAUGCAACAUCUUCCUUGAAGGCAGCUGCUUCUGCUGAGAAAAUUCGGACAGUUGUCCACAGUGUUAUAGCCUCUGCUGAGAAAACUAGUUUUUCAGCUAUGAGAACAGCUUUCUAUGAAAUAAUGAGAAAACGGCAGGUACAACCUAUCGGUGUCCUACCUUGGGCAACAUUCGGUAGCAGUAUUGCAACUUGCUCAGCAUUGCUCAUGUAUGGAGAUGGGAUUGAAUGUGCUGUUGAAUCUCUACCUGCAGCCCCUUCAAUUGCCAGCUUGGGCCGUGGGAUUCAAAGUUUGCACCAGGCAUCUCAAGUAGUUGGGCAGACAGAUGGCACCAGAAUACAAAAAUCUAUAGAGUCCUUGAUGUACAGGUUGAAGAAAGUAAAGAUACAAUAA